AUAUUUUCUGGUUUAAAUCUCUGAUCAGGGGGUAACUCUAACAGAACAAAAAACUGAGGCCAAAUAGAAAAUGAUGUGCUUUCAAAGAGUUGAAUGCCAUCUGUGUACCACAUCAUAGAUAGAUUAUUAACAUCAGACAAAAAACCCUUUAAAGCAUCCUGAUAUACUCCACCGUCUAUAAUAUCUUCUAUGCCAUUCUCAUUAAUUUUGGACCGAGUCUGGCGGUACUUCAGUGCUUCUACAAAAUCUGGCCGCUCAUAGAGUUUUUGUAGUUGAUCAGCCAAUGAGAAAUGGACGAAAAAAUGCACUUUCCUUUUAGGGUUUUUGCACUGAUCACACAAAUCUUCAGCAGACACCCUGGCCCUCCAGCAUAUGUUGCAGUAAUAGGACAGUUCAAAGGGAGACUUUAAAUAAUCUAAGUGUUCGAAUAGUUUGUCAGUUCUCUUCACUAGAUUAUUUUCAGCUGGACAGUGGAUAUCUAUGAGUGCUAAUAACUGCCCAAGACCUACACCUGUCAACUUCUGCGCCUGGGCAAAAGUAAGAAUAGACAUGAUACUUUCAUGUACUGAUAGGCGACUGCCUGGGUAGAUUCUGUCACUUCCGGUAGUUGCUGAAUCAAUUGGUUCAUUUGGGAUGUCAUCUGCACUAUCUUCGGGUUGAAUAAAGUGGGCAUGUUUGGUGAUAAAAUCUUGGUCUUGCACAUAAUUCUCAGUAUGGCACUGAACAAACUGGCCACCUUCAUCCCCCAUGCCACUGAACCCUAAAAUAAAAGCACAAUAGAAAUUAAUUGAGACAUAGUAAUAAAUUGUUGUUAUAGCUUUCAGCACUCUAAAAUUAAUCAUUUAAAUUUACCAUCACAUUUAGUCACGCACCUUUGCUAAGAAAUUCCUUGAAUGAUGGGAACAGUGUAGAGAGCAUAUCAUGAGUGUCUUGCAACUCUGGAAGAACAGCUUGAGAUAAAGCUGAAAACAACAAUAUAAUUAGGAAACCUUUAAAGUAUGUGAAAACUUUAAGUAAAUAAAGCUACAAGACACACACCUGGUUCGACUGCUGUCACCUGGGGACAUUGCUCAGUUGACAAAAAUAAUUCAUCCUGGGUAAGGUUGUGCUCUGUAAGGAUUUCAGAAGAUUAAAAAUGUUAGUUAUAAAUUCACAACUCUAAAAUACGAUCAAAAACUGGGGAAAAGGUCAUUAAAAAAAACAAACUCACCUGUGCACGGUGUAACAGUUUGAGUAGGAAGCUGCUUUGCUCUUUUACCAUAAGAGGUGGUCGGUGUGCUAGUGACAUCCAAGCAUGUAGGUGCAGAUUCACACUUCUUACUCUGGAAAUUUGCUUUUGAUGGUUCAAAUGUUAAGGCCUUAAAUUCCCCUGUUUUUUAAAAAAACGUACAAAUUAAAAUUUUGACACUAAUGCUGUUUACUUAUCCUAUUUUUAAAUGAACUACUUGUUAUGUCAUGACACUAAUUCGUAGAAUAGAAAACUUACCAGAAAGAAAUGAUUUGGUGCUAAAAUCUGAUGAUAGAUGAGGGAAACCUUCUGCCUGAAAGCCUGGCUGAGGGGGAAUGUCCAGGACUGGAAUAUCCACGACUGGAAUACUGGGGGGCUGGGCUCUGUCUAGCUCCACACCGUCGGAUUCCGUAUCCGCCCUUUGCUCAUCACUGGAAAUACAAAGAAUAUCAACAUUUGCUGUCAGACGAUACCAGAACAUGGAGCAGAUGUUAGGUUAGGUUGACUCGAGAGCAUAGCUAGUAAGGGCGUGAAACAAAAUUUGGUAUGCUGACUUCGUAAAUACAAGUGUAAGGAAGGCAGCAAAGUGCGACGAAACAAAACUUUCAGUCAACACUCAGAAUGAUGGCGAAAAAACUUGUUUUUCUGCGAGAUUAUGUCAUUUGAAAGCCAGCCCGAGCCGGCCUUUCCAACCAACCCUCGCUUUCAACUUGGUUUUUACAAAGUACUAAAACUUACCGAACAGUCGUCUCUGAAGCUCGCUUCUGUCCUCGUCUGAGGUCAUCACCAUGAUGCAUUUUCGCGAAACGUUUGUUAUUUUUUAUUAAAAAUUAAGAUUUAGCAGAAGUUUUAUGAUUACGACACAAUCAGGUCUAAUCAGGUUCAGGCAGGUACAAUCGCACCAACCACACACCACGCAGCGUGCGUGCAACCACGGCUAGUAGCCACAGGAACCUCAACCCAUAUCUCCGUAAAGAAAAACAUUUUAAUAAAUUAUUUUAAAUCGGCUCAAGGACUACAGGUGGAUAUUUCCUAUGCAAAUGUAAGGUAAGUCUGACUCUUUUAUUCUUCGUGUUGGCACCAUGUAUGUAUGGUCCGGAAAUACAGCAGACCCUGUUUACAUUUGAAGUUCAUUUCAUUUCCUAUGCAAACUACUGUGUCGAUGGCGUAGAACUUGUGUAGGUAAUAUUUCGGCGCUUACUGAAAAAUCGUUAAACAUCGUCAUUUUUGUAGUUUCUCAAGAUAGUCCGCGUACCUUGCUUGAUUGGAAUUCAUGCUAAAUCGUAAAUUAUCACUGUAAAGUAAUCCGUUUUACACAUAGUUUUUGCUCGCCCUAGAAUGGCACCUAAACGUGGUUUACGUGGGACGUUCUUUUUGGGGUUCCACAAAAAGCCCCACCCUGCUGCCUAUGUGUAUCGACAAGAUGUGAUUGAUGGCGGAAUACCCAAAAAUGGAUUGACAGUCGGGAGCACGGUGAACAUCCGACCGGGCCGGCAACGUACCACGACAAGUGUCGUCGUGCUUGACGUAGGUACCAAAGUGAUGCUCGAUCGUCUGAAGGUGGACAGUAAAGGCGCCGUGUAUAAGCCAGGUGACGUUCUGCCGCCAGAUGUGGUGGGAACACCCCACUAUGAGAAGCAAAAGGAAAAGGCGAACUCCUUGGAGGCCCUACGAGAGAGGCACCUUCAAUUAGUUGCCCAGGGUAUUGCUAGUGAAGACCAAACACCUGUGGUACCCCCCAAGGCUGUGGUGAAGCGACUACCCAAACGGCUCAAAACUGAUGAGAUGGUGGCCCUCCAAAAUAAACUCGACAAUUUACCAUGUUUUUCACAGCAGCCUGGUGAUAUUCCUCUGCUUACUGGCUCUACAGUCUACUUAAAUGGAGGUUCUCUAAACUUUCUAAAGGGGGACCUGGCUGGGAAUCCAACAUCCCUCUUCCGAAAAAUUUUAGACUUGUGUCUGGGAGACUUGGCAGGGGAUCCAGGGCUGUGUGCCACUGCUAGUGGUGCAAAACAGAGAGGAAAAGUGAUGGUGAAAGCUUCCAUCUCCGAGGGUGCCUAUGGAUAUUGUACUCUUAACUGCUGUGUAAGCUGUGAUUUUGAGCCAUCUUACGUCUUAAGAACGUAUCUAACCAAACGGCAGGGACAACUGAAAAGUGGGUAUUCUAGUUUAAUUUUUAUUAGUUGAGGGGAACAGGACUGAAAAUAGUGUCUCUUUGAUGGGCAAGUGGGAAAUGUGGGUUGAUUUUUUUAAAGAUUACUCCAAAUUAAGAAAAAGCAU